AUGGCGCUGACUUUGGUGGAAACAGUGAUUGGUGACAUGGCGAUUAUGAGGCUGGGAGUAUGGAUUCUCCCGAAGGCUUUUGCAUCACUCAGUUUUUUGGUAAUGAGAAUGCCGCCAUUGUCCGGGGAACCGAGUGCGGAUGCAUUGGGUGGAAAUAGUGGAGGCUCGUUUCAUCAGUCCAGACCAACACUCACGGAAGAUACGGAUUUGGGAUUGGAAUUGGUACCUGUGAAAUUGAUUUCCCAGACUCUCCCGCAGAUUGGAUUACCAGCACUUCCCGAGACAGUAAUGCCAGAGACACAAGACCCGGGAGUCGUGUUGCCUGGUGCCAUUCCAUUUGAUGGGACUUUUGACGGGAUGGAUGACGACGACCAAGCUCGAGGACUCAUUGAUGCUGUAGUUACCCAUACUAAUUGGGACAACGAUGUGGACCAGGCUGACAACCUCAUCGAGCCUAGAAUGUCCAGCCAGAGAUCAAAGCGAUUUUGGAGAAAUAGGUUGCUACGAGUCCUUUGCAUGGAAGUCAACGUGGUGUUCUUGGCAGUGAUAGCAGUGCUCCUGGCUUUUUUGGUGGUGUCUGAGGUUGGUGGAAAUGGCAACAACAAUACCGCCAGCAAAUCGAUGGCCAUCAACACUCCUUCCAACAACUCAACCGCGCCAAUAAACACCACAUCCUUAUUGGAUUCACUCAAUCUGCCUGAUUACAAUGAUGGAUGCUCUUGGAGACGACAGGUCGCCCCAAAAGAUGGCACUGGAGUGGAUUUGGAGUAA